AGAUCAGUACUGUAGGCAUUACAUAACGUCCAAGCAUUUUUGGUUGGCUUCCUUCUUUAGAUUUGAACAAAUCAUCUGCACUCUUCAAUUGAAUUCGUAGCCCAACACGUUUUACCCACCCGGGCCAGCCUCCUUCCUCCAAACUUUCUCUCUCUCUUUCUCUUUCUCUUUCUCUUUCUCCUCAUAUAAAGUUAUAAACAUCCCUGCCUUCCUUAAAAGACCCAGAUCCCCUAACACUACUGAAAGGAUAAUCAACACUCGAACAAUCAAAGAAAGAAAGAAAGAAAGAUGUGCUGUGCGAGUAAGAUAUGCAUGCUAUGCACGUGCCUAAUACUCUUGGUGAUACUCAUCGGAUUGCUGUUCGGCUUCGGGGUGUUCAAGCACGGUUUUCACAAAUUGAAGGAUACCGUACAUCUUUGCGAUCCCAAUCUCACUCCUAAUCUCUGCGGAAGGCCAUUCUUCGGUUUUCCAGCACCUGCUCCUCAUUGAUUUGAUUUCCUUUUCCUUUUCUCUUUAUGUCAUGCAUUUACCUUUUAUUCAAAACCUCAUCUGGGUAUUUUGAAUUGUUACUUUGGGAUUUAUGGUGAUUUUAUUUUUCUAUUAUUA